UUCUGGUAGUACAAAGAUGUACUAUGGGCCCAAUAUGGCGGCGCCCAGUGGCGGUGUGAGCUGUGAGGAGUUCGCCGAGUUCCAGGAAUUACUCAAGGUGAUGAGGACGAUUGAUGACAGAAUAGUACAUGAAUUAAACACUACGGUUCCAACAGCUUCCUUUGCAGGGAAAAUUGAUGCCAGCCAAACCUGUAAACAACUUUAUGAGUCUUUGAUGGCGGCUCAUGCCAGUAGGGACCGAGUCAUAAAAAACUGUAUAGCUCAGACCUCAUCAGUAGUAAAACAGCUCCGAGAGGAGAGAGAAAAGAAUUUGGACAAUUUAACGUUAUUAAAGCAACUUAGAAAAGAACAGACAAAGUUGAAAUGGAUGCAGUCAGAACUGAAUGUUGAAGAAGUGGUAAAUGACAGGAGCUGGAAGGUGUUUAAUGAACGCUGCCGAAUUCACUUCAAGCCUCCAAAGAAUGAAUAAAAAGAUACUUUUUUU